AUGCCUGGGAGGGGAAGAAGCGGAAAGUUGUUUCCUUUGACAAUCUCGAACAUUUUUCGCCUCCGCAAGCCAAUCAUCCCCGGAGCAACUGUUGGUAAAAAGUUUCACAUUGGUUCUCUGGUGGUGUCUGAUCAUCUGGGCUGGUACAGUAGAACCUACACCCGCGACAUUAAUGGCGGUGGCGGUGCGAGGAUGUCCGGCAAAAAGCCCGGUUAAAGGUCACCUCGUCCAGGGGAUGAUGCGGUUCCCAGACGCACUCCAGGUUCUACUUUAUAGUAUCGAAACCAAGUGUUUAGUACAUCGGAGUGGUGAAAUUAAAGUGAGAGAAAGUAAAAUGUGUGUGCUUGUCAGAGAGAGCUCAAUUCCCAUGCUCAUGGGAGGGCAUGUGUACGGAGCGAACAUGCCCAUGAAGCUACUUGGCUCCCCGGAAAGGGCCUCUUUUGAUCCCCA